AUGAACGGCAGCCUCCCUACCAACCAGCCGUACACGUAUCAGCAGAGAAACGUGUACCAGUACAACGGCACCUACAAUCAGUUUGACCCUACAAGGUCGUCAUUCGAGCCUUCAGGCACCGCAGUCGACAGAUGGCAGACCCCUGGACUGAUUAACGGCCAUGAGCAUCAUGAUGAGCUGGUCGCUGUUGUGCAGCAGCAAAACAUUCAGCAGCUCGUGGAGACUGCUCGAUUGGACCGUGGCCAGCGCGGCCUGCGCCGAGAGUACGAUGACCUGCGCCAUGUCACGGAUACCAGGUUUCAGGCUCUUGAAAGGCGAGUCACGGAACUCGCGUCGCCUCAAAUUCCCACCACACAGCUGCAAAUCGAGCCUUCCACGGUCGCAGAGCCUACUGAGAACUCGGACAACAAGUACGAGUAUUAUAAGUUGCACGCAGAUUUCACUCCCAGUGAGGAGAUGCUGCAAAAGCUAUCUGUGGAGGAGCUCGCAGAAGCAUACCUUGGUGAGGUCAAGCUGCUGGAAGACAAGGCGACCGGGCUGCGCAAUGAGGCUUUUAAGUUGUGCCCACAUGCUGCUGCCUGUGAGGCACUUGGUGGUCGUUCGCAAGCUGAAGCUGCACCAACAGUUGGUCAAAAGAACGACGCUCCUCGCUUUGCGUGCUGCGACAUCGACUUUGGCGCAAUUGGGGAGCUGGUCAAGCACGUGGAGAGCAUGCAUACCGCGCCGGAGCAUCGUUCUCUGAAGUCACCCCCAGAUGAGCAGAUCGCCUCCUCCUCAACUGGUGAUUAUCCUGCGCCACUCGUUGAAGAGAAGCAGGCAGCAAAGACGAAGAUGGAGGCGAACGCCGCUGGGGAAGGAGAAAAGACUGCGCGAUGGAUGCCUAUGGCUGUGCGGAACAUGCCAACCUUGCCAAUCACCAUUCCAGAGAUCCUCGAGACAUUCUCAUUCGAGAUGAUCCGCACGACUUUUGGCGGUGACUACUGGUCUCCAGGGUUCUACUUUGUCCCCAAGGAUAGCAUUCUUCCAAGCAAGUCGUACUGGAUCCUGGACGACACGCACGAGCCAUUUCUUCCCGAGAAGCCCGGCGAUCAUGGUGCUAAACUCACGGCAUUCUUCAACAUGACUAUCAGCGGUGAAGUCGAGGUUCCCGCGGAAGAGAACUAUCUUGGAGUUCCAGUCUUCAUCAAGACCUCGGGCAAGGACGAGUACUCCUACUUUGGCAAUUACUCGCAGGAACGCUUCUCGGACAAGGUCGGAUACGACACUAUUAGAUCUUUCGUUCCCAAAUCAGUUCUCCGUAACCACGCUGAGCAGUUAGCAGAGACUGGUCGUCCCGCGUGGGUGACGGAGGCAUUGCGCCAGCACUUCUGGCCAAAGCCUGCGUACGAUGGCCCAAUUCCCACGGAUUCGGCAAUUAACUCGCCAGCUACGAGCGUCGAGAACGGCGGUAGCGUCACAAAGGGCCAGGAACGUCGCGUCAUGCGCGCCUUGGUCGCGUACGCUGCGGAGCUCAAGGCCUGGGAGAAAGACUCGACAUUCAAGGUCAGCCUUCUUACAGCCGACAGCAUCUUCAACGCCUUCGACAUUGCCGAUGCGGAUAUCGAGCCAGGGAUGAGACUAUUCUGGGAAUACCUACAGUUUGUAGGUUGGGAUGCUGGCUUCUACAAGAUGCUUGUGGGGAUGAAGGCGAGCCCGAAGACGAGGCUGCAGAUUGGAAGCGCCGGGAAGAAGCGUUGUCCAAGUCCUGAGUAUAACAACGGCAGUACCGCAGCAAAGAUCGGGUUGUCUACGGAGGCAACCUUCAAGGCCACGAAGCCGAAGAAGGUGGUUCAGGAGUACCCAGGUCCGGAGGCAAAGACGAAAUUUGUUAGGCCCAAAUUCGAUGACGAGCCGGUGGGAUCUGGUGGAUCAAAGAGGGCUGGUGCGAGCAAGACAAACGGUGCUCCGUCAAUUGCACCAAAGGGUGAUUUGAGAGCCGCGAAGGAAUUCAGUGCCUCGGUGAAGAAGACUAGCGACAAGUCACUACCUCCUCAUUUGCGAGGCAGGAAGUGA